AUGAGUUCAGUUCAGAAUACCAGAGAACGGGUGCCACGGGAAUCAAAGGAAUCGCGGGAACGCCGUGAACAUAGGGAGCGUCGGGAGCAUCGGGAGCAUCGCGAACACAGAUCUGGAUCCGCCAGAAAAGAGAGGAAGAGCAAGGAUCAGGAGAAACGUUCAUCAUCUGUCGUUCUUCGCAAACGUGGUGUCGUAUCAACGCAGAAGCUUGUCGAGGUGCAAGAACGACCAGGACAAGAGAUUCUUAUGGAAGGAAUCGACGGCUACAAUCACAGCUGGCAGAUCGUCCAACGAUCUGUCGAUGUUCUCAUGACAGAGUCGCUGAUUCCAGUGCCAAAAGCCACCAUCAAGAAUCGAGAGCCAAGACACUUGCCAAAGCGUCGCAUCGGCGUCAACCUUCGUCGCGAUGUGCUUCUCAACAAUUUGAUCGUCAGGACCCAAAAGUUCCAGUUGGAGUAUGAGAAGGAGAAUGAAGGCAAAUUCCUUCGUCAAGUGAUCAUCGACUACCCAACCGAGAAUCAAAAGCCACGCAAGGAGCGUCACUACGACUUCUGGCCAUUCUUCGAGCAGCUCCCAAAUGUGGUCGAGAAGAAGGUUGUUGCUCCAAUCAAGUCCAAAAUCGUCGAGGAGGAACCUAUCGCCACUCUUGAGUUCGCCUCCAACAACGAUAUCGACAUGGGAGAGGAGUGCAAGGAGAACAUGAUCUUUCUGCCAGCUCCACUCAGCGACGACAUCACCAAGGAGAUUGCCGCGUUGUUCCCAGCUGAGAAACCAGUCGGCCCAUCGCUUCACAAAAACUUCUACAACCGCUACAUGCGCAAGGGACCAUUCUCCAAGAUGUUCUAG